UGUUUUGUGUUUAUAACCAGAGGCCUGAGGCCUGUACAACGAAGCGAGGUUACUGGUUGAUCAGAGUAAGUUCAGGAGUAACUUGGUGAUCUCAGGUGUAACUUCCCAGUUAACCUGUACUAUGAAAGGUGGAUAGGUUUUACCCGGGGUCUGUCGCCAUGGUCAUUUACGCUGCGUCUCUAAACUGCUCCGAGCAGUUUAUGUUGGUGGUUAACUCGUUGUUACCAGUGUUACUUCUACCUAAGCUCCGCCCCACAGGUGGACUGAGAGAGGCUGACUCUGCAGGACGGGGGUUGUCUAAAGACCGUCAGCGACAGGCUGUUGUAAUUGUAGACUACAGACCAACACAUGCAGCAUUAAUGAUGGAAAUAUGAAGGUGAACCACUUUAUAGAAGGUUUCUAUUUGAUCCAGGUUCAGUUUCCACUGAGGCUGAAAUACUGUUAACAUGAAGUUCAUUCUGAACAUAACAGCUUUACAUUCAGACAUAUACAGAGUGUUCAUCAUUAACAGAACAGCUCAUUCUCAGACAUGUGACCCACGUGUUGACUGGAAUCAAAGUAUCUGAGAAAUCAUCACAUAUUGUUUGUGUCCUUACAUCUCAUAUUACAGAUGAAGAACGUGUGACAAGUCUCCCUGACUGUUUGUUUUACAUUGUGUCGUUAGAGUCUCUUUAAAUUCCUCGUAAACUAACAGAAUUAACGUGCGCUCUUCAUCUGAGAGAUACGGUGCACGCCCGUUUUAUGCACGCGCAUUAACUAUGAUUACGUUAACACCGACUCAGCUUACCAACAUCUGAACCACUGUUGUACCGUUCAACACAGAUCGAGGCAGUCAGGGUUUGUCAACCACGAGUUUCCUUGAUAACCCGAGUUAAAUCAGAGGAGAUUAAACUGCCUUCAUAUUACAGGCGUGUGGUCACAUCAGUUCCUUUUGACAUUUAGAGGAAGACAGUGCAGAAUGGCGAUCACAUCAGUCUGUCUAAUGCUCGCCACACUGAGCAUCACUCCCAACAGGCAUCAGUUCUUUGAGUAUGAUCAAAUUUCUCUGAGAUGUGAGACACCAGCAAACUCCAGCAGCUGGACAGUGGUGAGAAACACCACCCACACCCAGGCUGAGCCCUGUCAGUAUGGCUGGGCAAUUCCCGGUGACUCCUCCUGCACCAUUGAGAAUGGCUUCCCAUCAGAUACCGGAGUGUACUGGUGUGAAUCCAAGCAGGGAGAAUGCAGCAACACCAUCAACAUCGAAGUGACCGAUGGUGUCAUGAUCAUUGAGAGUCCUGCACUUCCUGUGAUGGAGGGAGAUAAAGUGACACUUCGCUGUUCCUACAAGGAAGAAGACCAUCCAAAAUCUACAUCAGACUUCUCUGCUCACUUCUACAUGAACAAUUCUUUCAUCAGCACUGAGGAUACAGGAACAAUGAUCCUAUCACCAGUGUCCAAGUCUGCACAUGAAGGUUUCUACCACUGUGUACACCCCACAAAGGGAAUGUCACCGCGGAGCUGGUUGGCAGUGAGAGCUCGAGCUGAUGCUAAAAAGAGAGCUUCUGAUUGUCUCGUAGAGUGAGGGAAGGAAGGAAGGAAGAAGAAGCACACCAACAUAUUAAGAUGAAUAGACGACCAGUUAUAUGCUGAGCAAUAUUACUGCAAAUAACUCAAUAUUCUUAUUUUUAUUAAUCCUGUUUUUGUAUUAUUCAUCAUAUCAUAGCUAGCAUAAUGUUUGCAUUAAAAUGACAUCGACAUGUUUCAUUUAAAAAUCUGCAUGAACUGAACAGUGUUGUUAAACAUCCUGGUUCCUGCAUCUGAUGAGUUUUAUGAUUGUGACGAUAUCAAACUGCCAAUAACCUUGAUGCUGUUUACAUUAUAUUUGUAUUAUUUUAUCCUACCAGUGUUUCUCUGUGCUGUACUUGCUGAUUUUCAAACUAAGGAAUAAAUAAUACACCUCUGCAUUCUCA